AUGAAAGUAUUCACAGUGGGCUUAGAUGAGAAGCCUCCAAUAAAAGAUGCCGAAAAAGCACUCGAAUCACCAGGACCUAUACCCGGAACACCUCCACCAAUAAUCACGCUCGAGAAGAAGAGUUCAAACUCAUGGAAGCGAUAUUUGAUGUGUAUGCUGACAGUUUUCUUGGUUUUGCUGUUCGCGAUCAUACUCAGUGAACUUGCAUACAAUCGGGCACGAGACGAGAAUUAUCUCCGCUUGCGAUGGGCUGAAUUAAGACAACGAAUGGCCAUGAACAUGGGCUACGAGAACAACUACAAUAAUCUUCAACCUCAACCACAACCGCUUGUUCAACAAAUCUAUCGACCUGAGUAA